ACAGUGUGGCAGCAUGUAUUUAAUGUACGCGAGGAAUGAGGCCUGAAAAUGUAAACUCCUGGAUCAAACAUGAAUCUGGAUACGUUAGGUAAACUCGCUGCUCCUGCUACAGCAAAGAUUCGGCAGCUUCAGAAGAUUGUUCAAGACAUCAAGAAAAAUGACGGCGGCUUACUGAACAAACUAAGACGGCUGAAAAGCAAACCACUUCCAAAAGUACCUGCGAGAGAUUACAGAGAUGACAGGGAGGAUGAUGAACUGUCUGAACCUGAUUACGAUAAUGACAUGUAUGAGGAUCCACGUGAGGACCAUGAUGACAGCUACGAGCCACCUCCCAGCCACAAAGACUUCACCACAACUCAGUCAGCUUCCUUCCAAAGGGGGGAGUAUCUUGACAACUGCCGUAACCGGCCCAGCCGGCCACCCAGAAAGCCCCUCCGCCCAGACAAAGCCUCCAAAGAAUUGCCCCCUGAACCCACCCAACUGGGGAGCGAUGAAGAAGACUACAUCAAUCCAGACUGUGGUAACGAUGAUGACAACUACGUAGAGCCUGCAGAGCCCCCACCUUCCAAUUCUAUGAUGCAUGGUGGGAGCAGAGCAGCGAGGGACCUCCCCAUGUUGCCCACACCUUUACCAGAGCGUCCAUCUAGUCCUGACUUUUAUGAAGUGCCUGACAAAGAGGGAAACUCAUUAUCUCUUCCAGCAAGCACAUCAGUAUCCCGUCCAAUCCCUACAAUACAGUCGCAUUCAUUACCACCAAAGCCCAGCCCCAGACUGAAUAUGGGGAGAUCUCCUACUGCUGUCCAGGAGCCGACAAACGAUGAUGAGUAUGAAGUCUGUGAUCCAAGUGAUAGUUCAAGAGAGAAAACUGCAGAGGGUCCGCCUAUACUUCGACCCAAACCUUUGCCCAGAGAGAGGUCACCAAAACCACCUUUAAGGCCGAGGCCAGAUUUAAAAUUUGACAGCCACACACUGCCUGUGAUGCAAAUGGACCAGAAGCCUCAAUCGAAAGCUUUUUCACUGGACUUCAAACGACCAAAAAUUCCUCUUCCACAGCUGACCUCCCACAAACCUGCUGACAGAGGAAGUGUGUCUGCUGAAAAUGACUCAAUAGACCAAGACAAGGACGCAGAUGUCUAUAGGAAAACUUGGUAUGCCAGCGAAUGUGACCGCAAGACUGCUGACGAUGCCUUGUGUCGCUCAAACAAAGAUGGGGCGUUCAUGGUGAGGAAGAGCUCCGGUCAGGAUGCACAGCAGCCCUACACAUUAGUGGUGUUUUACAAGGGCAGAGUGUACAACAUCCCGAUCCGCUUCAUACCAGCGACACAGCAGUACGCUCUGGGAAGAGAGAAGAGAGGAGAGGAGUAUUUCAGCAGCGUCUCCCACAUCAUCGAGAACCACCAGAAGCAUCCUCUGGUGUUGAUCGACAGCCAGAGUAACACCAAGGAUGCCACCAAACUGUGCUACCCUGCCAGGCCCUAGAUGACCCUUGCUGGUGGCAAAAAGCCGACUGAACUUGUGCAUCCCAACCUGCUGCGUGUACCGUCAGACUGUUGUUCACAGAACUCACUGUGCGACGCUUUUCUCCUCCAUCAGUGUUGAUCUGCGGUCCUGUCAGCAGGAUUGUAUGCUGGACUUGUCUGCAUUGCUGGCCAUGCAGAGCCAAAAUAGCACUGACUCAGAUGACUUUUUAACUUGUGUUUUAUUAAGAUGUUUUUUUAAUGCUCAGUCAGUAAACAGUGUGUUAAAAUUAAUGCAAGGAAUGAGACGGUGAGGCUGUAGCUGAAGGACGCAGGUAGACAAAGAAUUUGUUUAUGACAGCAAUACUUUGGGGAGCCAAAAAUACAAAGUUUUUGUUUUGUUUUUUUAAUAAAACUUUUUUUCUGGUGUUGUUAUAA